AUGCUGCAACUGCCAUUGCCGGAUAAAGAGGCCAGAACAUUGAUAGGACACACUGCUGCAGUUCAUACAGUUGUAUACAGCAGUGAUGGGGCGUAUUGUCUUACUGGAAGUGCUGACCGCUCAGUCAAACUAUGGAAUCCUGUAACCGGAAUGUGUAUCAAAACUUACUCGACUCAUAGUAAAGAUGUUCUUGGAAUUGCACUACCACAGUCGGCUUCUGAUAAUAGUCGGUUUGCUUCUUGCAGCAUGGAUCGUGGUGUGAUCCUAUGGGAUGUGGGAACAGGCCGUCCGGUUCAAAAAUGGAACGAACACACUCAACGAGUCAAUACGGUUGCAUUUAAUUUAGAUGCAUCGAUCCUUGCUUCGGGAUCGUAUGAUACUACUGUUCGAUUAUGGGACUGUCGUGCUCGGAAUACUUGGAAACCUAUUCAGAUACUUGACGGAUCAAAAGAUAGUGUGGAAGCAGUUCAGAUUUUGGAUACGGAAAUUUUGGUUGGAUGUGUUGAUGGCAGACUGAAGAUUUACGAUGUUCGAACUGGAAGAGUCACUAUAGACGCAGUUGGACAUCCCAUUAUUUCAGCACGGUUUUCAAAUGACGGAAAUUGCAUUUUGGUCAAUACUUUAGAUAGUAAGAUCAGAUUAUUUGACAAAGAAACCGGCGAGUUGCUAAGCGAAUAUACCGGUCACAAAAACUCGGAUUACCGAGUGGUAUCAACCUUUUCAUAUACUGAUGCACACGUCAUAAGUGGCAGCGAAGACGGUCGUAUAUGCAUGUGGGAUCUUGUAGAAGGGAAUCUUGAAAAAACACUCGAGGGACACACAAUGGCAGUUACCUGCGUUGCAUACCAUCCCAAACUUCAUACCAUGGUAUCUACAUCACUAGAUGGAACAGUCAAAGUUUGGGAAUAA